AAGUGAACUUUUAAUGGCACCCUCGUAGAACACGUCGUUUGUCUGUGUGUUUGAGGACAAUAUUGGCAUUGAACGGUUGAAGGACUGAUAUUUUUCAAGAAUAAUUUCUCACUGCUGAAGAGUAAACGGGUUAAGGGAUGGCGACACUCGUUGAAGUGUUUCGUAAUGAAACAUGCGAUCUAAAACGAAGACAACUACCCCUCUUCGUGGACGACAAUCUAUCGAUGGUUAUGGAUCUCAAUUCUAUGAAUUUGGGCUGUGACAAUCCUGUUGUCAAAGGUAAAGCUCUAGAAGAAUUUACCAGGAAAUAUAAUGUUCUUACCAUUGAUGAAGUGCGAGAGGCGCUCCAGGUCAACUGCAAAGAUUUGCUGUCUAUUUUAAGCCAGACGGUUCCCUGUGUUGGGUGUCGUCGAAGUGUGGAGAGGGUAUUUUACCAACUUAUGAAGUCUGGGCACCCAGCUCUGGAUCCAAUUCUUAUUAGUGAAGAUGGUGUUCUCUCACUACGAGAAGAUAAACUGUCUGCUCCCCAGCCCCUGUGCACCUUACUCUAUAGACAUAGUGACAAUCUUAGCAGUUUAGUGGAGAGUCAGCCAAGGUCAAAGAAGAGCAGACGCUGUGUCUUACAUUCGCUGGACUCACAACGAGCUCGAGCUGUAGUCACAGAUCAGUGGCGAGAUGCCUGGGAUCGUAUGAAGCCAUUAUGUAAAGAUGAAGUUCUUCUUAUUGAAGCAUCAGCUUUACUUUCAACCCUGAAUAACUAUCUUCACAAGCAUCGGUUUUGUGGAGAGUGCCGUACUAAAGUCAUGAGAGCCUACACUCUUCUUGUGGAAGAUCCAGAUCCUUGCAAAGAGAAAGGCUACAUUCCAGCUUUGUAUUCUGGUAUUAAACGGUGUCUGCCUGAAAAGCACAUUCAUUUGCAAUGCAAGACAGAUUACAUAGCUGGAUUAAUAACCCGUGCUGAACCAGAACUUCUUGGUAGCCGAAGGGAGAGACAUGCCAAAACCCUGGAAAUUGCCCAAGAGGAAGUGUUGACAUGCCUUGGUAUAUGUGUUUAUGAGCGCCUGCAUCGGAUCCAUUUGCGACUCCGGGAGGAGGAAUGUACUUGCCAAGUUCUGGCUGCCGUUGCUGUAGACGCCUUGUGUAGGAACUUUGAGGUUGCUGUGGAGACUAAAAGAGGGAUUUCUCAACUUGAGCUGCUUUACAAAGAAAUGCAACAAGAGGAAGCGGCAAAGUUGCGACUGAAAGAGCAGAAAAAAUUAAAGAAAAGAAAGAAGAGGGAACGAAGGGCUGGUGUGGAACAGAAUGGUCAACAAGAGGAUAAAGAUAGUUGUGAAUGUGAGUCAGAAGAGCAGUCUGAACCUGCAUGUGAACGAUCAGCAAGCCCAUGUUCAUGUCCUGAAACCAGACACCAUGUUGAUUUACUAUCUGAACAUAUUAUUGGAUCUCCAAUGUGUGACUGUGAUGACUGUCGCAAGAAACAAGAAUCUGCUCAAAACACCGGCAUUGAUGACCACAAGUUGCAAGCUAAUGGCAAAGAUAACAGGAAAGUCCAUAGCAAUCCUGGCCCCUUUUCUUCUCCUAAAGACAAAGCUAUACAGUCCCUCAAGGUUAAUGGCACAGUAAAAGGUAAAGCACCCAACAACAAUUACUCUAUUCCUCAUUGUGAUUCUUGCCAAGAAUCAGGUCUUUGCAAAGAUGGUAAGAAAAGUAAUGCAGCCAAGGGGAAGGCAUGGACGUCUGAUCAUUUGGCUGAUUGUGGUUACUCAUCUGGCCCAGGUGGUCCUCCGGACUGUGCUUCAGGCACUGGCUCAUCUAGCCUGCCCAGUUCACCUGAUGGGUCAGAGAUUGCAUGCUCAGAUGGAUUUUGUAAUGGUGAAUGUUCUGGUGAAGGCUGUACAGAGUCACGCAAUUCAACUCAAAACCAGAAAACUGGAGGGGGUCUAUUGCUUACUUUAGAGCAGAUGCUAGAGGAAUCAUGCUCAUCAGAGGAUGAUGAAGACAGUUAUAUUCCGGCUGCAGAGGUUCAAGAGUUCCGUGCCCAAAUGAGAAAUGUGAUGGAAAAACGUCAAGAGUUGCGUGAAACUCUUAAAAGUAGGUUUGCCCAGCUUUGUGUCAAUACAUGCAACCCUCCUCAAAAAAUAUGGAAGUAAGACUGCCAUUGAUUGUCUGCAGCUGUGUAUUUCAAAUUCAUGUUUAAGUAUAAUUUCAAUUAAAGGUUGAAUUUGCUAAUCACCAUUAAAUUAUGGGACAUUUUUCUUAUUCUGAAAGCAGUACUUCUUAUACCAAUGGAAAUGGAUGUUAGUCCAAAUCCAAUAAAGGCUUUUAGCCUUGGAUACCGCAUCAUUGAAUACUGUCCUAUGACAGUGGAGUGUGUGAUACAAUACCAAAUUUUAUAUGGUUCAGGACUAGUUCAUUUUAUUGGUUAAGCAUGUUCUGUUGUGUUUUCAUCAGCGUCUGUUAAUGUAUGACUGCUUUUAGAUACACAUGUCCAGUCCCAUUUAGAUGAAUUGUUAUGUUGUAGAAAAUGAAAAAGACUGUAUCAAUUGUUAGAACCUCUUAUAACUUUGCUCGUAGUUAUACUGCCCCAGGGUAAAGAUUUCUGAUGUUAGUCAAAUCAUCUUGUCUUAACUUUUUGUAAGGGAGAAGUCAACUUAUAUUGUACUCAUUGUUGUCUGUCCUUUUUUUAUGGGACAUGUUAUUGUAUUUUUUCUUUAGCAAUUUUUUUUUUUUAAAUCAUAUUCAAUUUUAAACUUCAUAGUUAUGAAUUCAGUCUAGUUCACAAGUUGAAAGCUUGUAUUUUUUAUGGUGUUUCUUUAAGAAAAAACUAGUGGAAAAGAACUUUUAAAAACGCUGGUUUUGUGUUGUGCUAAUCAGAUGCAUGUUUCCAAAUUCAACUGAAUUAAAAGUACUGUGUUGGUUGCUCAGGAUGAUAUAGUUUUAAUAUCUAUCAUAUGUACGGGUAAUCAUUCUUUACAAGUUUCUGUGUUGUCUGUGAGGUAAUGAGUGGAACGAGCUCUGCCUUCAGAUGACUUUGUUAUUCCUAUUUAUUUAACCCUUCAGUUUGAGUGCUUGCCUUAUAUUUCUGCUUACUCUGCAUUAUUGGUGACUUUUCCUCUGUCAAAUCUAUGGAAAGUUGUUUUGUAUGAGAUUACAGCCUCACUUUGUCUCUUUUUUAUAUUGUAUUGUUAUUUGUGGCGUCUGUUUCCUUUUGUAUCUAUCAUUAUUUUGAGGUUUGUAUAAUUGAUAGAGUUAUUUUUCAUGUUUUAGUUCUAUUCUAAUAAAGGGCUUUAUAACUGUAAGAUGAGAAUCAUCGGGCUUCUACAUUGAAAACAUGUGGACCAAUCUGUCAUAGGUAUGAAUCAGCUCUGCUUAGUGCACAUCAGAUAUGAGAAGUGUUGUGAAACCGCUGUGUGUCAUAUUUUUUAAAGUCACAUAUUAAUGUUAAAAAAUUUACGUUUGUUGGAUUUUACAGUAUGUACGUUAAAAAAUAUGCAUGUGGUCUAUUGUCUUUAAUGUUUCACCUCAACUUUGUUUUCCUUGAGAUUGGAGCGGUUAGUAUUGAUAUAUUUUGCAUUCCAAGUCAAUUUUUAUUAACCAGAUUCUAUGAAUGUUACUUGUAGGAAUGAUGGUAUUUAAGAGUCUACCUACGUGGAUGAUUUACAUACUCUAAUUGAUGAAUGGGAUGGGCGCAGACUAAGCAACUGUAAUUUGAACCUCAAAAAAAAAGAAAAAAAGAAUAGCUCAUGUCACACCGCAGCUGCAGGCAGUCUUAGUCUUGUAUAUUUCUACCUCUGGUUGUAAGCUAUGGGAUCCCCAUUCCUCUGAAAGCCCAUCACAUAUGUUUGUAUUUGGACAUAACAACCCAAGUGAACACUGAAACACAGUGGCUAAACUACAUGUCGUAAUGUCAAAAAGUAUAAGAGAUACUUUUUACAACAUUAUGAGAAAGGUAAUGGAAUAAAUAAUGCUUCAAAAUCA